GCGUUGCCAACGGCAUUUGAGCGGCGGGAACCACAGAACGCGCAAGGAGAAAGGGCAGCUCAUCCGCCGCGCAAGUAUGCCCGAUUCUGAAGGUGAUAACUCCCCCGCGAUUUCUGACUCGGAGGAAGAGACAGUGAAGAACACGAGCAAGAAGCGCAAGCAGUCGUCAAAGGAUGGAAAGUCGUCGAAAAAGGCGAAGAAGAGCAGUCGCGUCGUGGACGAAGAUAGUGAAGAUGACGGAAGUGGUCCCAAAUCCAAAUUCGUCGAUGAUGAAGCCUCGGAGAGCGCUGACGACGACGACGACGACAAAGUCAUUGAUUCUUCCGAGGAAGAACUUGACGAAGAUGUCGACACUUACGAGAAGGAUGGCUUUCUCGUCGGGGAUGACGAAGACGACGAAGAGGAAGAAGAACAACCCCGUCGGCGUCGUAAGAAGAAAGACAAAAAGGAAACGAAGAAGAGAUCGCGGUUGCGGCAUGGACGUGAUGAUCGCGACGAGUUGGACCGCGACGACUUGGAUUUGAUCCAGGAAAACCUGGGAAAGAAACCUGCUCGGGUGUACUCUGAUGAAGAUGACGACGAUUUCGACGACGACAUUGCAUCUCCGCGAAAAAAGAAAUCUGCGAAAGGAAAGCAAACGCUUGACAAAGGGCUGAGUCGCGAUAUGUUUGGGUCUGACUCAGAAGACGACGAAGACGACGAUGGCGGGGGAGGACGCGGAAAACGUCGCGGCAAUGGUCCUUCGGACCAGUACAUGGACGAACAAGACUACAACAGCGAAGAUGAGUUCAUCGUGUCUGACGACGACGACGGGGCCGGAGGACCGCGUCGGCGCCGCGCAAAACGCCCCAGUAGUCGCCGUUCAGCAAGUGCAUUGCCACAAGGCCCUUCGCUUGAUCAAUUGGACGAAGCCGAGGAAUUGUUUGGGGAUGCUGAAGCUUUCCUGGAAGCGACUCGCGGUGGCGGUGUCGUGCCAUCGUCCUCCAUCGGCGACCUCGACUCCGAGAAGGGCAAGAAAGCGUUGUUGUUGGACAAAUACGAGCCGUCUGUGCUGAAGGAAUUCCACAUGACCACAUCGGAUUCGACCGUGCGAGAACGAGACAUUCCCGAGCGAUUACAGCAAUUAUACAAGCAACGAACGCACUUUCCUGACGCCGAAGAGCGCAUGGAGGAAGCCGAGUGGAUGGUCGAUGCUGUGUUGCGCAAGAUGGACCAACGUGCGCAAAGAGACAAACACGCCUCCCCCCUGACCUUUCAUCGAAGCAACGUCGUCACUGCCAUCGAGCACGUGCUCAAGUUUUACCACAUGGAUAAGCUUGAGCCGCCUUAUGUCCAACGCUAUUGCAAGGAGUACUGGAAGACAGCUGGGCUGAAAGGCGACGAACUGUACUUGAUCCAAGAUUUGGACUUGAAAUGGGACAAGUUGGACCGGAAACGCAGGGUAUUGCAAAAGAACGUUGAAGCUGCCGUAUUGGCCAAUGACACGACCGAAAGCACGACUGUGCGGUCGUGUUACCAGCAAGUGCUUCGCCAGACCCAAGAUAAAGGCCUCGCCGAUAUUUCGCAAGCGUUUCAGAUGCUGGAAGUGAAUGACAAGCCAAACAAAGAGAAGAAGCGCCCAGGUCGCCGCACGCUCUACCAGCUGUGCCUCAAGGGGGGCUUGAAAGACCUAGCGUCUCAGUUCACGGUUAACUCUGCUAUUUUGGGCGGCGCACUGGUCGGACUUGUCCCCGAUUCCCAAGUUCAAGUACCGACUCCGCAAGCAGUGCUAGCCGAAACAUGCAUGCCUUACUUGAGCGCUGAUUUUCCGUCGGUAAACGACGUGCUCAAAGGUGCUCGGCACGUGGCCGCGACCCAAUUGGCGUCGGACCCCAACGUCCGCGCGCGAAUGCGCGAAAUCUGUCAGCGCCAUGCGGUUGUGUUCACUGAAGCAACGCCGAAGGGUGUCGAAGAAGUCGACGAGUUUCAUACAUGCCACGGGCUACAGUACAUCAAGGAGAUGCCCGUUGCGGAAAUGAUGGACACGGAUUUGUACGUCAAGUUGUUGAAAGGCGAGAAAGAAGGCGUGCUGACGAUUCACUUUCAAAUUGAGCACCAACAUUUGAUUGAGCCACUGGAAGCUGCGUACUUGGACCCCAAACAUGUUAGCGAAGAAUGGCAAUCGCAACGUCGUGAUAUCGUGCGCGAAGCAGUUGGAAGUUCAUUGGUGCCGAUGCUCCUGGAAGAAAUUAAGGCCGACUUGCUCACAUCGGCACAGGACGUAGUGCUGGCGCGCUGCAGUAGGCUGAUGAAAGAACGUCUCCUGGUCCGGCCAUUUGAAGCCAAGGACUUGUCCGAACCUCAUAUCAUGGGUGUGUUUGUGGACGUAACAACCGACGAACCGAUUGCUCACGUUGUGGCGUUGGAUGAGAACGGCGACGUUAUCGACAAGGUUCAAGGGCGAUGCAAGACUCCGAAUUGCCUAGCAAAACUUACGGUGACGUUGACGUCGUUCUUGGAAGACCACCCUAGGCUGUCGGCGGUGGUUCUCAACACCAGCGGAGGAAACAAGAGCAUGGACGUUGGUGAGUUGGUCGAUGUUGUUCGCAACAAGAUUCGCCGCCACCUUCUCAGCGAUCCUGAGUACCUGCACGUGACAUUUGUGAAGGAUGACGUGGCUCGCAUGUUUGCUAAGUCAAAGCGCGCCGAAGUUGAAUUCCCUGAGGAAAUGGAAGGAACCCGCGCCGCGAUUGGUUUGGCACGGUAUCUCCGCAAUCCGUUGUCGGAACUAUGUGCGAUUUGGGGCUUUGUUCCUCUCGAAGAGCCAGGGCGCGGAAAAGAGCUGCUGUAUUUGACGGUCCACCCCCUUCAGCAAAUGGUCAACCAAGAAAUGCUUGUGCGCGCGUACGAACGCGUAUUCAUCCAAGUGGUGAAUAAAGUCGGGAUCGACGUGAACGUCAGUGCGAAUCAUAGCCACUCAUCGUAUGGUCUGCAAUUUGUCGCGGGGCUCGGACCUGUCAAGGCGAUGGCGCUCAUUGAAAAGGUGCGAUUGAGCGGGCAUAUUGAGAAACGCCAGGAUUUGCACCGCAUUUUGUCGGACAAGAUCGUGUACCGCAAUUGCGCAGGUGUGCUGCGAAUUCGAGAGCGCGAUGCAUUGAAGGACGCAGCACUCAACCCGCUCGACGACACUCGUAUCCAUCCCGAGAGCUAUUACAUGGCCGUCAAGAUAUGUGGCGACGCCAACAACAAUACAACGAUGGAUUUGUAUGACCCUGAUCAGUAUUCGUAUGCCGUCGAAGACACGAUGUUCCAGUCGGCCACGGCUAUCAAGGCAGCCACAGAGCGGUAUCAUCCCGAACCGUACAAGCGUCUUGGCGAUGCUGAAAUCGCCGAUUCCCUUGCAGACCUCGACUUGCCUGCUUACGCUCAACGACUCGAAAUGCAACAGAAAGGGCUCAAGCUCCACACGUUGGAAAGCAUUAAGCAAGAGUUGCGGUACCCGUACUUUGACACGCGGCAGAAGUACAAGGACCCGAUGCUGGAAGAUUUGUUCUUUCUCCUUAACGGCGAAACCCGCGACACUCUUCGUGUCGGGAUGGUCGUACCGUGCAAAUUGAUCAAGUCGGCGGGGGAGAACAACGUAAUUGUCGAAUUGCAUAGCGGCAUCCGCGCCCAGCUCAAGAAGGAACACUUGCCGUCGUUCUUGACAUGUGAUGGUAACAAGUACCUGCGCGAACAUGGAUUUCCUCGUGGCAUGCAAGUGAAUGCCAAAAUCAUGGACAUUGUACCGGACGGCGACCGCUAUGUGCUCGCGCUUGCGUGCGACGACCGGUCGAUAUUGACAAUGACCGAGGAGUGCUUCAAUCGCCGGUCGAUCCCAUCGUGGACUGAGGUGGACCGCGUCAUCGACGAUAGCAAAGCGCGAUAUGACAAGCUCGUGAACAAACUGCCGAGCCCAGAGAAGGAAAAAGACUGGAACAAACUCAUGCCUGUGAACGGCCCCGUGCGCAAGAAGCGUCAAAUAGCCCACCCUGUCUUCAAGAACGUGUCGUUGAAGGGCUGCAUGACGUUGAUGAAAGAUAUGUUGCCGGGGGAUGUCAUGCUCCGACCGGCGAGCAAAGGGUCAGACCAUUUGAGUUUGACAUGGAAGAUCGAUUCAAACGUUUACCGCCAUUUUGACGUGCACGAACUCGACAAACCGACGGAAGGUCGCCUUGGUGCGAAGCUCGUCGUCAAGAAUGAAACAUACGACUCGAUUGACGAACUGAUUGCGCGCCUGAUUGACCCUAUGAACGCGUACAUUGAAGAGAUUCGCGAACACAAAAACUACAUGACAGGGGACGUCCGCGCCAUUGGCGACAGACUCGUCAAGCUGAAGGAAGCCAACCCCCAGAGCGUGCCUUGGGCCCUGCACUUGUAUUACAGAUACCCCGGCUGCUUUUCCAUCACGUACGUGGCACGGACGUCGCCCCGGUCAUUCCACUUCAUCGUGAAUCCGAAUGGGUUGCAAUUCUUUGGUGAGCUGUCGUGCAAAGAACCAAUCCCAUCGCUUACAAAAGCGAUCGCGUAUUUCAAGAAGUCAGCGUCCAAUCCCCCAAAACGCCGAGAGCCCCCCGCCGCCGCCGUCGAGAAACCGACUCACUCGUCGUAUGCUUCUGGUGCGCCGUCGUCGUAUGGAAAUGCGCAGCCUCCGUCGCAUUACAGUGGCGGCGCGUCGACGUACAGCCGAGAUCAGUACCAGCAUUCGUCGAACUCACAGUCGUCAUCGUACUAUGACCAAAACAGACACCGCAACAACCAUGACCAAGGACGCCCCCGCGACGACCGUCGUUAUUGAAGCCCCACACGUACAUGACAUUCACAUCACAGCAUCCUCGCUUCUCGACUUGCAAGAUAACCCAUAAAUAUAUCCAUCUGUGGGUGCUUAUAUGCGAC